CUCACAUACAUUUUAAUCUAAACGCUAUAUCUUAGCUCUUGUACUAGCUGUUUAACGUCCGUAUCUCAUCACUAGCCUUAAAGAUAUCCUAUAUUUCAAUUAACUUCUAAGGCGACCUAAUAUAUCGAACUUUGUAACUUUGGCUACGUAUCAGCCUCGGCAAAAGAGUAAAAGCAACACGAUAUGUCCACAACUACAGCAAGUCAACCCGUUGCUGCACAUCAGCUGCGUGACUCUGCAAAAACCUCUGUAUUCGAAUCACCCAAAAAUUUUGAAAAGUCUCCCAGGCUCUCCGGUGCAGUCGACGCAAAGUUGUCGUUCUUUGAUCCACCAGCGAAUGGAGAAAAGCCAUACAACUGGGCUGGAGCAAAUGCCGACAACCCACCAAAUGGAAUCCCACGUAAUUUUGGCGUGGACGAGCAGACUGUGACGAUUAACGACAUCCGUGGUCGGGAAACCGAAUUCUCGCUGGAUAAUAACGCAUUUCAAGCGCUGCCCAACGUUCCGUCUGAGAUGAAAUACGAGGAUUUCAACAGCGACGAAACCAUUCGACGAGUGUAUUACCCGGAGGUUGAAAGGCUGUUGCUUGACCACGUGCCAGGCUCGAAACGGAUCUUUCUCUUUGACCACACCAUCAGGCGGCCCAAUUCCUCACGGUCGGCCGUGCAGCGCGUGCAUAUAGAUCAGACGCCGAAGAGCGCAGAAGCACGAGUCAGACAUCAUUUGCCUGAAGAGGCAGAUACGCUUCUCCAGGGCAGAUACCGCAUUAUCAACGUGUGGCGACCGCUGAACGGACCCGUGCAAUCCAACCCCCUGGCAGUCGCAGACUCAGCUACGGUCAAUGACGAGGACUUGGUACCUGUUGAGCACAGGUACCCCGAUCGAACCGGCGAGACCGCGGCCGUCAAGUUCAACAAGGCCCAGAAAUGGCAUUACUGGAGCGUCAUGAACAACGAAGACCGGCUGCUUCUGAAGUGUUACGAUAGCGAUGAAACCUACGGUCGCUGGGGCAGAGUGCCCCAUACGGCAUUUGAGGACCCAAGAACACCAGCUGACGCGCCGGGAAGAGAGAGCAUUGAAGUGAGGGCGCUUGUGUUCGGCUGACACACCGUGUAACUUUGUUGAAUUACUGUGACAAUAUUCACAUACUGUUCUGUAUGCUAUACAUUGCGAGAAAUGGAGAUCUUUUUAAACCCAUAAGAA